AUGGGUUCGGAGCGCGGGGCGCCGCUGCGGCUUCCUCGGGACAGGCGGCCGCUGGAGACGGAGGGGGCGGGCUGGGGCUGCGCUUGCGGCCGGCGGGGCUCGGGCGCGUGGCGGGCGGUGGCCGGCUUUUUCGCGCUCUCGUUGGCGCUGCACCUCUUGACGCUCGGCUGCUACCUGGAGUUGCGCUCCGAGCUGCGCCGCGAGCGGACGGCGCCCCAGGACGGCCGGCAGCCCGGAGGCACUGCGGAAGCCUCGCCGGACCUCGCGCCCGCCGGACGGCAGCAGCUGCAGCAACAGCCCCGCGUCCCUGGCGAGCCCGGCAGAGGCAGCCCACAGCAGAUGGCCUGGCUGAACGUCUUCUCCCCCGAGGAGAGGCCUCUCUUUAGAGAAGAAAGUAGCCGUGUGCGCAGAAACAAAAGAAGCAAGAACAGCGAAGGAUCAGAAAGCACAAGUCCUAAAAAGAAGAAAGGCAAAAAGGCUGGCCCUCCAGGACCUGUUGGGCCCCAAGGGCCCCCUGGACCACCUGGACCCCAAGGGCCCCCUGGAAUCCCAGGUAUCCCUGGCAUUCCAGGUACCACGGUGAUGGGACCUCCAGGACCUCCAGGACCUCCAGGCCCCCAGGGACCCCCCGGCCUGCAAGGUCCUACCGGCACAGCAGAAAGAGCCGGACCGAGGGAUUCACAGCCAGCCGUAGUCCACCUCCAAGGCCAGGGCUCUGCUAUCCAAGUCAAGAAUGAUCUUUCAGGUGGAGUUCUUAAUGACUGGUCUCGCAUAACCAUGAACCCGAAGGUCUUUAAGCUGCACACCCGGAGUGGCGAGCUGGAGGUACUGGCAGACGGCACGUACUUCGUCUAUAGUCAGGUAGAAGUGUAUUACAUAAACUUCACAGAUUUUGCCAGCUUCGAGGUGGUGGUGGAUGAAAAGCCUUUUCUGCAAUGCACUCGGAGUAUUGAGACAGGAAAGACCAACUUCAACACCUGCUACACAGCUGGGGUUUGUCUCCUCAGAGCUCGGCAGAAGAUUGCUGUGAAAAUGGUCCACGCUGACAUCUCCAUCAACAUGAGCAAGCACACCACCUUCUUUGGGGCCAUUCGGCUGGGGGACGGGCCCUCUUCCUAAGGACCUGAGGUGGGGCCUUCCCAAACCACCUGGCCUCGCUGUUCAAAAGAUUGGGAAGAGUCAAAGAACUGAUAUUUAUUUUUUUAUGUAACUACAGAAAGCAAGCCAGGUUUCCCUUGGCUUCAUUGGAGCAGUACUUAAAAAUGGAGCAUUGCUAGGAAUGAGACCUUCCACCGAGCUGCAUAGAUCACAUCAGAGGCGGGUCACUUCCUUCCCACAACUUGCACUGAUAAGAGUUACUACGGCAACAGAUGAUGGAAGGCAUGCAACUGAAUGCUCUCUAGGAAGAUGUAUGUUAACAGGAAAAUUCUUCGUCUCCACCACACACACCCUCUAAUUUUUUUAUACUUUUUUAAAUUAUAAGGAACUUUAGAAUGUGGCCAAGACAUAUCCAAAUCUGAUGACAAUAAAUUUCAUGUUUAGAAACUGGAACUAUAGACGAGGAACUGUUGAUAAAGCUGGAAGUAGCCCUUGGCAAAAACAUACUAACUAUCCAGUUAAAGUAGUGAAUUUGACUUUCAAACGUUAAUGUGUUGU